AUGGAAGACGGGUUGUUGGUGAAAGAGGUAGAAGUGAAGCGAGAAAGGCUAGCAUGGGGUGCUGUAGGCGAAGAAAUGAAGAAACUGUGCUACAUAGCAGGACCUAUGGUGGCUGUGACUCUAUCCCAUUUCUUGCUCCAAGUUAUAUCUUUGACGAUGGUUGGACAUUUGGGUGAACUUUCACUUUCUAGCUUCGCCAUAGCCAUUUCUGUCUGCGGUGUUACUGGCUUCAGUUUUAUGUUAGGAAUGUCAUGUGCUCUGGAGACUCUAUGUGGGCAAGCUUAUGGAGCUCAACAAUACCAGAAACUUGGAACACAGACCUAUACUGCUAUCUUUUGUCUUCUCAUUGUUUGUAUCCCUAUCUCAAUUCUGUGGAUAUACUUGGCAAAGAUACUUAUUUUGAUUGGACAAGAUCCUCUGAUUUCACAAGAAGCUGGAAAAUUUGCCAUGUGGCUUAUCCCUACUCUCUUUGGCUAUGCAACUUUUCACCCAAUUGUCCGAUACUAUCAAAUGCAAAGUCAGAUCUUUCCCCUGCUCAUGAGUUCCGUCAUUUCAAUUUCCUUCCACGUACUCGUUUCCUGGGUGCUGGUAUAUAAGUCUGGAUUGGAAAGCCGUGGAGGUGCAUUAGCUAUGGGCGCGUCAAUCUGGGUAAAUGUGACUAUUCUCGUUUUGUACAUGUACUACUCUUCCUCCUGUGCAAAAACCCGUGCUCCAAUUUCAAGGGAGAUAUUCCACGGAGUGAGAGAAUUUUUCCGCUUUGCAAUUCCUUCCGCUGUCAUGAUUUGUCUAGAAUGGUGGUCAUAUGAGGUUCUCAUAUUGUCAUCAGGCCUUCUGCCAAACCCGCAGCUUGAAACUUCAGUCCUGACUGUAUGCCUCAACACCUUUAUAACACUCUAUUCAAUACCAUAUGGACUUGGUGCUGCUGUGAGCACUAGAGUUUCAAAUCAGUUAGGAGCAGGGAACCCAGAAGGUGCUCGAAUUUCUGUAAUUAGUGUGAUGCUUCUUGCUGUCAUAGAAAACAUAAUAGUAAAUUCAUCCCUUUAUGGUAGCCGGCAUGUAUUUGGCUAUGUCUUUAGCAGUGACAAGGAAGUUGUUGACUAUGUCACAACUAUGGCCCCCUUUCUUUGUCUAUCUGUUUUAAUGGAUAGUAUACAAGGAACCCUUGCAGGUGUUCAAAGAGGAAGUGGCAGGCAGCACAUAGGAGCUUAUAUCAAUCUUGCUGCAUUUUAUCUUGUUGGAAUCCCUAUUGCUCUUACAUUAACUUUUGUGGUAAAGUUAAGAGGGAGAGGUCUUUGGAUUGGAAUCCUAUCCGGUGCUUUUCUGCAAAGUUCACUUCUCGCCAUAGUAACAAUCUGCACAAAUUGGGAAAAAGAGGCAAGAAAUGCACGAGAGAGGUUGUUCCAUAAAAAGUUUUCAGCUGAAGAUGCGGUAAUGUGAUCAUAAGAGCCUACAGCCGACUUAGAACAACUUUUCUGUUGUGGUCCAAGAAAUUGCAUAAUAAUUGAUAAGCAGUUCUUCAUUUUGGCACCAGAACUUCAACUGCAGUUUGUACUAAAUUUCCUCAUUUCAGCAAGUUAUGGUAUAAUGUUGUCAUGCCUUUUGGUGGCUGCAUGAAGCUGGAGCUAAGGACUGUUAUCACCUAGGAUUUAUUCUUCUGUUAUUAUUCUCCUUUUGGGAAGUUCAGAAUGAGACUUUUUAGUGAGUGAGAACUGAGAAGUUUGCGAGGAACAUUACUACAUUGGCACUGCCAUUUCCUGUUUGCUACAAUUUUC